AUGAAUCCUCUCCCGACCUUCUCCGCCUUUUCUUCUUUUUCUUUUCCAACCUCCGCCACCGCAACUUUCUGCUGCUGCUGCUGCUGCUGCUACUGCUGCUCUCCUCCUCCUCCUCCUCCUCCUCCUCCUCCUGCCCCAGUACCUCUCCACUUCCUCAAGCAUCACCACCACCAUCCUCACCUACUUCUCCGCUCAUCUCUCUUUUCCUCUGACUUGCUCUUUCUCCUUGUGCUCUCCCCUUCUCAUCCUACAAACAGGGCUUCGGUGAAUCUUGGAGUGUUCUUCUGUAUCGACUGCUCGGGGAAGCACCGCGGGCUCGGAGUGCAUCUCAGCUUCGUCCGGAGUGUCACAAUGGACAAGUGGGAUGAUCGACAGUUGGCGUUCAUGAAGGCGGGAGGAAACAAGGCCUGCAAGGCGUUUCUCAAGGAGAACGACAGUUACGACCUCCCCCUGGCCCAGCGCUGGUCCAGUAAAGCAGCUCAGAAGUGGAGGGAUCAGCUGAAGAAAGCCGUGGACAAGCUGGAAAAGCGCCCGAGGAGGUCGAAGAAGGUGGAAACGAGUGAGAGCGAGGAGGAGUCCGAGGAGGAGACUUCAGAUUCCGGGAGCGAGCUCACGGUCACAGUGACGGUCGCGUCCAAGAAGAAAGAUCAGGCGAAGAAGGCGGCGAAACGGAGCACAGUCAGCACUAACCUGAUUGAUUGGGACGUGGCGGAAUCGAAGGAGGAGGUAAAGAGAGAUUCUGAAGCUUCGCGCUGUGACUUUGAUGAUCCAGCUGGAUGA